AUGGCAACAUCGUUGGCUGGACGUUAUUUACUUUCGUUUACGACAUUUCUUACUCUUGCCUGGCUGUGUACUUGCGCUGUAUUGCCUUACUGGAAAGCGUUUCAACCAGUCGAUAAAAUCGAUUUAGGUGGCUUUGGCAAAACGUUUCCAACAAUACAGGGUUUUUUUAAUAAAGCAACUGAAUUCUUUUCUAUUGAUAUUGGCAUCGUUUAUUCGUGUUUUAAUGGUCAGACUUGCGUUCUAAAUAGAGACAUAAAACAAAUACCAUUCGUCCGGUUACCCGAAGACAAACACGCUGCUGUGCUUGGUUUUGGUUUAUCACUUUUGGCAAUAAGUUUAAUGUGA